GCGCCUCCUAGCUCUUCCCAGAGCAAUCAGGAGCUAGGAGGGGUUCCGGAGCCCGAGGCUGGGAAGAUCGAGUCUGCCUGGUUCUUUCUCCUCUUACUGCUUCUUUUCCUGCUCUCCUUCCCACUUGGGCGCGAGUGGCUGAGCCAUGGAGGGAAGAGCCUGGACUGGGCAGUGGAUGGUAUUCGCCUUCUUUGGCGCUUGCUGUGCACUGAGCGGAGUCACAGCCAGGAGGCAGUUUGUUAAUGAAUGGGCGGCAGAGAUCCCCGGGGGACCGGAGGCAGCUGCGGCCAUCGCCGAGGAACUGGGCUAUGACCUUUUGGGUCAGAUUGGAUCACUUGAAAACCACUACUUAUUCAAACAUAAAAGCCAUCCCCAAAGGUCUCGAAGAAGUGCUGUUCAUAUCACUAAGAGAUUAGCUGACGAUGAUCGUGUGAUAUGGGCUGAACAACAGUAUGAAAAAGAAAGAAGCAAACGUUCAACUUUAAGAGACUCAGCUCUAAAUCUCUUCAAUGAUCCAAUGUGGAAUCAACAAUGGUACUUGCAAGAUACCAGGAUGACUGCAGCCCUGCCCAAGUUGGAUCUUCAUGUGAUACCUGUUUGGCAAAAGGGCAUUACAGGCAAAGGAGUUGUUAUCACCGUACUGGAUGAUGGCUUGGAGUGGAAUCACACAGAUAUUUAUCCCAAUUAUGAUCCAGAGGCUAGUUAUGAUUUUAACGAUAAUGAUCAUGAUCCAUUUCCUCGAUAUGACCCCACAAAUGAGAACAAACACGGGACCAGAUGUGCGGGCGAAAUUGCCAUGCAAGCAAAUAAUCACAAAUGUGGAGUUGGCAUUGCAUACAAUUCCAAAGUUGGAGGCAUCAGAAUGCUGGAUGGCAUCGUGACGGAUGCUAUUGAGGCCAGUUCAAUUGGAUUCAACCCUGGACACGUGGAUAUUUACAGUGCAAGCUGGGGCCCUAAUGAUGAUGGGAAAACUGUGGAGGGGCCUGGUAGACUAGCCCAAAAAGCUUUUGAGUAUGGUGUCAAACAGGGGAGACAAGGAAAGGGUUCUAUCUUUGUCUGGGCUUCUGGAAACGGAGGGCGCCAGGGAGAUAACUGUGACUGCGAUGGUUACACGGACAGCAUCUACACCAUCUCCAUCAGCAGUGCUUCCCAGCAAGGUCUCUCACCCUGGUAUGCUGAGAAGUGCUCCUCCACACUGGCCACCUCCUACAGCAGCGGGGAUUAUACCGACCAGAGAAUCACAAGUGCUGACCUGCACAAUGACUGCACUGAGACCCACACAGGCACCUCGGCCUCUGCACCCCUGGCUGCUGGCAUCUUUGCUCUGGCUUUGGAAGCAAACCCAAACCUCACUUGGCGAGAUAUGCAGCACUUGGUUGUUUGGACCUCUGAGUAUGACCCAUUGGCCAAUAACCCUGGCUGGAAAAAGAAUGGAGCAGGCUUGAUGGUGAAUAGUCGGUUUGGAUUUGGCUUGCUAAAUGCCAAAGCUCUUGUGGAUUUAGCUGACCCCAGGACUUGGACCAGUGUUCCUGAGAAGAAAGAAUGUGUUGUAAAAGACAAUGACUUUGAGCCCAGAGCCCUGAAAGCCAAUGGAGAAGUUAUCAUUGAAAUUCCAACAAGAGCUUGUGAAGGUCAAGAAAACAGUAUCAAGUCCCUGGAGCAUGUGCAAUUGGAAGCAACAAUUGAAUAUUCGCGUAGAGGAGACCUUCAUGUCACCCUUACUUCAGCUGCUGGAACUAGCACUGUCCUAUUGGCUGAAAGAGAGCGGGACACAUCUCCUAAUGGCUUUAAGAAUUGGGACUUCAUGUCUGUUCAUACAUGGGGAGAGAAUCCUAUAGGCACGUGGACUUUGAGAAUUACAGACAUGUCUGGAAGAGUGCAAAAUGAAGGAAGAAUUGUGAACUGGAAGCUGAUUUUGCAUGGGACCUCUUCCCAGCCAGAGCAUAUGAAACAGCCCCGUGUGUACACAUCCUACAACACGGUUCAGAAUGACAGACGAGGAGUGGAGAAGAUGGUGGACAUAGGAGAGGAGAAACCUACAGAAAAGAACCUGGGUGAGAAUGCUCUGGUUUCCAAAAGCCCCAGCAGCAGUGCAGGGAGCACAAGAAAUCAGCCAGCAGAAGCAGCCCCUUCUGAGGCCAUGCUGCGACUCCUACAAAAUGCAUUCAGCAAAACCUCACCACCGAAGCAAUCACCUAAGAAGACUCCAAGUGCAAAGCUCAAUAUCCCUUACGAAAAUUUUUAUGAAGCUCUGGAAAAGCUGAACAAACCUUCCCAGCUUAAAGACUCCGAGGACAGUCUGUACAACGACUACGUUGAUGUUUUCUAUAACAGGAAACCUUACAAGCACAGAGAUGACCGACUGCUGCAAGCCUUAGUGGACAUUCUAAGUGAGGAAAAUUAAAAUAAGUGGAUGGUCCCAAGUUGGAAAUAUUCACACAUCUUCUUUUUCUUUAGAUUAUUUUUUUUUUUUUGGCCUAGAUCUGGAGUGGUUGUGUUGGUAUUGUCCCAUACUUAAAAACAUCUUUUGUGCUGCUUUUGCUUUUUCUUUGCAAUGAACUCCAAUAGGAAAUCCAACUUCCAAAAUUGAUCCCAGCUCUUUAAAAACAUGUCUUCCCUGCCUACACAUGUGAAGUGUUUUUUCCUUUCUGCAGUCACCAUUGACGUAGGAUCUCUAUGUCCCAUUAGAUUGACCUCCUGAAUCCACAUUUCAUUUCUCACAAGAAAUGGAAAAACCUGAAAGAUCCAUUAAUUUGAAAAUGUAAUUUAAAAGAUGAAGGAGGAAGAAAACUCUCUAUAGCUUCUUUCCUCUUUGCCAUGUUUUUUUUUUUCCCUUAAAUUUUGAUGCCAAAGAAAUAUUUGCAAAGUAUCUAAUGUGAAAGUUCACAAGGAGUCCCAUUCCCUAGGUAUUCCAAAGUACUACUCAUUGCAGGAGUGACAAUCUGGUCAUUAGAGAAAAAGCCUGGACUAUUUAGAUCUACAAACUGAUCUUGAAAUCUGUGUUAUCUGGCUAAAGACCUCAGAGAAUCUAAAGGUAGCUAUGAUUCACACUAUUUACUCUGUCUUCCUCUAUUUUUCCCUUCUUCCUUGUUUGGCUUCUUAGCUAAAAACUCAAUAUUGAGAUAACUAAUUCAUAGCACUGACUCAGAAAAAAAACUUACACUUAGGCUCAGGAAAUUCUUAGUCAUAAAUUUGUUUAGCUACCUUUAUCUUUAGAACCAAUCUAACAAGAGAAAAAUAUUCCUGAUGGCAAGAAACAAUGCCAGUUACUUUUUCUUAAUUGUAUUCAUGAGAACAGAUUGUUCUGGACUUUUAGCAACUGAAUAUUCAUCCUUGGGCACAACAGGAUCUUUUCUAAUCUGAUAGCUGAUGGCAUCCUGUUAGUAUCAAAUUGCUUCCAUGUUUCAAAUCAGAAAACUGACUUUAUUUGUCCCUCCAAUAGAUUUUAUUUUGUUUAAAGUAUGCUUUUAGGAUUGAGGGUUAGAAAUGAUUGAAAAUGUGAGAUAUAACAUAAAACUUGAUCCCUAGAGCUAUCUUCCCUGAUGGCAACAUUAGAUUUGAAGUCCAGGUCCCUUGGUCUGCUUCACACUAUGUAUGACCACUAUAUUCAUGACUGGUCUGUAUAAAUAGGCAUUUGAUUUUGUCCACUCCAGCACUAAAUGAAUAUGUACAUAGUGUAAAUAGAUUAAGUAAAAGACUAUCCUAAACUUCUUUCAAGCAGGCUCUGUCAUUAAUAAUUUAUGAGUUUGCUAUGAUUAAAUAAUUUAUCUUUAUAAGCAAAAACAUAUUUUAGAUGCUCAAAAUAUCUUUGAGAUCUACUUUGAAUUAUUCACUUGAUCUCAUCUCACCUGGAUAUUCAUUUCUGCUAUUCAUGAAUUGCCAGCUCCUUGGCUUCUCUUUCUUAAUAUGGCAAUGAACUCUCCAGCCACCCACAAAGCUGACAUCUACAAGUGAGUUUCAGAUUUCAAAUCUUCCAUAAAAUUUGAACAUGAUAAGCCCACAAGGCCACGUGUUUAUUUACUUUAAUUUCAAGUGUAGCCCCUUGAAUUUGUAGAGAACCAAGUUAUCUCCAGAGAAAUGCCCAGGAAGCCUACAAGGUUUGCAGCAACACUUUGUCCUGGUUUCACAUAUUAUUUGAUAUAAAGUGUUAGAUAGUAUUUUGACUAUCUGAAUAUUUAAGCAUACCAAAAAGUAUUAAAACUGAACAGGAUCCAAGAGUUGUUAAAUUUCAAUGAAAACCUUUUACCCAGAGAAGCCAAUGAGUAGUGAUAAAUGACAGAGUUGGAGUUAAAAACCCAUCUCUUUCCUGCUCUUAAUCUGCUGACUAUAUGGAGCUUUUUAAAAUCCUUCCUGCCUUUUCACUUUUAAACCCAAACCAGAUCAUUGGAUUAUAGCCAAAGGUUCAUUCUAGAGAAGCUUUAAUAUUUAGAUAAAAAUUAUGUUUGAAUGUUUCCAACCUGGAGUAUAUUGUUCAGUCAUAAAAUAUUUUUGUCGGUCUUUCUUAGUGCCUAUGUGGAUUUUUUGUGAAAAUGUUAAAGCAGAAGAUUAUAUCAUAGUUCCCUUGGAAUUUUAAGCUCUAUUUUCUUUACAGGUAUUUAUAAUGUACCAAUGCUUUUAUCAAACAGAAUUUUGAAAGGCAUAAUAAAUUAUAUUAAAGAACUAAAUGUUUUCGUGAGAGUAAGAAAGUUUCAGCCAAUAAAAUAUUUUUUGAAAGGCAUGUUCCUCUGUCAAUGAAAAUACUAUAUAUACAUAUAUGUAUGUACUAUGAUAUUGAAAGUGAUGUUUGUCUAAUAUUCUAAUACAAUUAAUAACUGAGCUUACCAUUUGUGGUCCUAGCAUUUAUAAGGGAACUCCCAAUACACUUGGUGGAUUAAUCAGACUAUGUAAAAUAUGC